UCAAAUUCAUUUGCUUUUUGAUUAGUGAACCGUCUUUAGUACUUUGUGAUUGUUUGUUUAAAAAGCGCUAUGAUGGCUGAGGAUACGACGGCCGACGCGACUAGGCGUUUAAAUGUCAAGAAACAGACUCUAGACGACGCGUACGCGGCUCCGGCGAACUUCUUAGAAAUCGACGUGGUAAAUCCAGUUACGAUGGGAGUCGGGAAAAAACGCUAUACUGAUUAUGAAGUUCGCAUGAGGACCAAUCUCCCAGUGUUUAAAGUGAAAGAGUCGAGUGUGCGGCGGCGGUACAGUGACUUUGAAUGGUUAAGAACAGAACUCGAAAGAGACAGUAAAAUUGUAGUCCCUCCAUUACCGGGUAAAGCUUUAAAGAGACAGCUUCCUUUCCGAGGAGAUGAUGGUAUUUUUGAAGAAGAAUUCAUCGAGGACCGCAGAAAAGGUCUCGAAGUAUUCAUCAACAAGAUCGCCGGCCACCCUCUAGCUCAGAACGAAAGGUGUCUCCACAUGUUCCUACAGGAACCAACCAUCGAUAAGAACUACGUCCCCGGCAAGAUACGAAACACAUAACCGGCUCACUUUCAACUCUAAGACGAUUAUCCCUCGCCAUCUGUAAAGUAAUUGCUGUUAAGAGGUCGUCCAUUAAUCACGCGAUGCUUUUUACAUAACUUAUAAUCCCUCUGCCUCCCCCCCCCCCUCCCUACCCCCUGGUGAUAUGUGGUAAGGUUUUAGACUUUUCUAAUAGACUAUCCUCCAUACCCAAAGAUCACGUGUAUUUUUUUUUUGUAGUAUAUUAAAAUUUUCAGUAUAUUAUCAUUAAAUACAGGUAUAAUCUGACUAAAUUUUGGAUAGUUACGUAUCUUGAUACAAAUUUCUAGGCAAACAUCAAAGUUGCAAGGUUAUUUUUAAACUUAAGAAUAUGCGCGUUCAAUGAAAAAUAAAUGUAAUAUAUAAAUAUAACGAUUUAUUUUUUCCAUAAAAAUCUUGUUGAUACAAUGAACCUUAGCUUAUUAAAGAUAUAACUAUAAUACGAAAUUUAAUAACUCGAUUAGUGUAGGACUGGUGCCCAAAAAGGUAUAAAAUACCUGUACUAUAAGUCGCCAGGUCCGUGAUAUCUCAUUACAGUCUAAAAAAUCACGAAGUAUCACAUACUUCGUGAUUUUUUUCCGAAUACUUUCGAACCUCGCUUGAUUAAUGGCUGACCCCUUAGUUAAUUAAUUUGUAUUGAUAACGAUUUUAAAAUGUUUAGGCUGUUGACGACACGUGUAAGUCUGAGGGCAUGUUUCGCCGAUCUUGGAUAGCCGGUAAUAAAUGACGGUAUCCAAUAUAAAAAUGUGGGAAUCAUUUAUAAACACACCCACGUCCACAUAAAUACAGUUGUAGUUUAUUGAGGAAAAACAGGCCUUAAUGGCCUAUUCCACCUCCUGAUAAAGUCUGUUCGUAACUUAUUUACAGAAUAAAUUGUCCAUAACCGGUGAAACCGGCCCAAAUCCCCGAUCCUAUAUUCAAAAACAAAUUAUGCUUACGAUCCCUUCAUUUUCGAAAUUAUCGUAAGUCGUAAUCGUUUUUCGGAUAUAGAGACAAGGCUUAAGAGCGCGUAUACAUUGUAAGGUAAGCCGCAUUGCGAAAAACGUGAAUUUGAUUGUUAGAAAAAUCGGUCAGAUGAUACAUUUCUGUAUCGUGUUUUUUAAAUAAGUAUCCAGUACUGUUAAGCUAUUUGCCAGUGGAUUGACGUCCAUAAAUGUAAAAACAGUGACUCUCAUGUAUAAUUCGGUUCCUAGUCGCAAAUUAAAGCGGUUUUUAACGGUCAAAUUAGUUUUCGUUCAGCGGUUAUGCAAAUAGUGUAUACGUACUUAUGUCAAAAUCACGCGGUUGUAUCAUAGACAAAUAUUAUCGACGACGCAGAUUAAAAAUAAUGCUAUAAAAUAAAAACUUACUAUUUGGCGAGUACGAAUCUAUAGAUAAAUCGUUUUGGAGUUUAAAUUGUUAAAUGAAUUGGAAAAUAGUAACAGAUAUGAAAAAAAGUAAUAUUUUUGAAUAAAAACUACAAUUCGCAAUACAUUCAAGCACUUCAUUCCACAGAUAGAACAAUUAUAAAAUGGACAGAAAUACACAGAGAAAACUUGUAGUACAUUGUGUUAAAAGUUAUUGUUUUAAAUUAAGCAAUAUUAUUAAAUUGUUAUAAUUGUUUAUUCGUAUUUAUAAUCAUUAUAAAAAAUUUGCCAUUUUUCAACUAUUUCGUUGCUGAUACUUAUGAAGUAAAAGUCAAAGAUAUCGAUGAUAAAAUUUCGCGAUUGCCCGCGAAAAUAUGCUUUAUAAAUCUCAUUGUUUUAAUCUAUGUAAGUUUUUGAAAUCAAACGUAUUUAUUGUGUAUUAUUAUUAUUCAAUCGAUAGAAUAAGGUGCUUCACAUUAGCAUUAUAAAUGGUGACAUUACGCUCGUUCUUUUUAACGUAUCAUGAUUUUGUCUGCUUGAAUUUCAUUGUAUUUUUUUUAAUGGUAGUUUAAUUUUUUUUUACAUUAUCUAUGUUUUUAUCAUCUGUAUCGUUGUUAACAAUGUUGCCAUCGAUAAGGAGGCAAAUGUGUAGAGACACAGACGAGUUCGAGAAAUAUGUAAUGAAAUAUAUAGAUGUAAAUUAGUUUUAGUUUUAUUUUGUAUAAAGCCGGAAUGAAGUUAUUGUCACGAUGUGCAGAGUUUAUAAAUCGGUAAACUGAGGACUCGGGCCGGUGUUAAAAUAUCACUAUGCAAGUAAUAAAUAUUCCUUAAUAAUAAUAAUUGAAAAAA